AUGCGCUCCCUUACCUGGCUCGCCACCCUGGCGUCCCUCUCCACCGCCAUCGCCUCCCCAGUCUCCUCCAACGGCCACGACUCCAAGAGUACUGGCUACACCAACUGGCGCACCUUUUCCGGUUACGGCGUCAACCUGGGCGGCUGGCUUGAGCAAGAAUCCACCAUCGAUACCUGGUGGUGGGCGACCUAUGGCGCCAAUGCCUCCGACGAAUGGACCAUCUGCGAGAACCUAGGUUCCGGCUGCUCGGCCGUUUUCGAGGAGCGCUACGCAACGUACAUCACCACCGCUGAUAUCGACAACCUCGCUUCUGCUGGUGUCUCCAUCCUGCGUAUCCCGACUACCUACGCUGCCUGGAUUCAUCUGCCAGGCUCGCAGAUGCACUCGGGUCACCAGCAGAAGUACCUGCGCCGUAUCACCGAGCAUGCAACCCAGAAGCACGGCAUGCGUGUCGUGAUCGACCUCCACUCCCUGCCUGGCGGUACAAACGGCCUCGAUAUCGGCGAGAAGGUCGGGAACUGGGGGUGGUGGCAUAACGAGACCGCGUUGGAGUGGUCGCUUCGUGCCGUCGAUGAAGUCGCUGCUUUCAUCCAGUCCUCCAGCAGUCCGCAGAGCUACACUCUCGAGCCCAUCAACGAGCCCGCGGAUAACCAUGAUCUCUCUCAAUUCGGCACAGCCGCCGCGCUGACCGAAGACGGAGCAACUUGGUUAUUGAAGUACUUCAACGCUGUCAUUGCGCAUGUGAAGAAGAUCAACCCCAAGAUCCCCGUUAUGUUGCAGGGAAGUUUCAAGACGGAGCAGUACUGGUCUCCCCAUUUCGAUGCUUCGGAGAACAUUGUCUUUGACCUGCACCACUAUUACUUCCAGUAUCCUGAGGCCACCAGUGCGAAUGUUACCGAGUACAUUUGCAAGGAUGCCAAGGCUUCAGCUGGUGAUGGCAAGUUCCCUACUUUUGUAGGUGAGUGGGCUAUGGAGACUGGUGGGGAGAAUAAACUUGGUCUGCGGAAGAAGAAUCUGCAGGCUGGGUUGUCGGCGUGGGCUCAGUAUACUCGUGGUAGUUCGUACUGGACUGCUAAGUUUUUGAGCAAUGCUACUAUUGUUGGGGAGGGUGUGAAGCAGGAUUAUUGGAACUUUAAGGAGUAUAUCGCGGAUGGAUUUUUGAAGGGGGAUGUUUUGGUGAAGAAUUAUUGUCAAUAG